AUGGCCUUUCGUGUCGAACACUGCAAAAAAGCUACCGAAUUUUUCAUCAAAUUCAGCACCGGCUCCAAAGCCUCUCUUCAAUAUGCAGAACUUCCAAAUCGUGUGCUUGAUUUCCAACAUACCAUCACUCCAGAAGACCAACAAGGCAAAGGAGUCGCUCGUCUUCUUGUUAAAGAAGGACUCAAGUAUGCUGCUGAUAAUAGGUUUCUCGUCCAGCCAACCUGUUGGUACGUUGCCAAAUAUCUCGAUGGAAGCAGUGCCACUGAAGAGGAGAAACAACUCGAUAUUCGUCACAAAUUGUAA